GAGUCAGACAGUAGAGUCCAUCCCUCCGGCUUCAGUCCUGGCUCUGAUUUAUCCCUGUAGCCGGUUCGGAGAAAAGUUCUGAGCGUCUUUUACUGAAGUCUUAAAGUUUGUCUGGAGCGCCGUGAAUGUCCUCCGGUCCGUUAUAAACGUUGGACCGCGGGGAGGAACAACAGCCGACUGGUGUUUACGGGGUUCUGGAGCUCCGUCCUGGCUCGGUGUCGCUUUGGUUUCAUGUCGGACAAAACGAAAAAGAGAAGAUGAGGACCAAUGUGUGAGUGUGAAUCAGGACUGGACGCAGUUUGUCGGACCGGACUCAUGGAUCCAGCAGAGGAGCUGAAGCAGAUCUCCACAUGGCUCAGCGAGGAGGGCCUUCAUCCCGACUCCCCCCAGGAGGCUCAGCUGUGUCUGCUGUGGCGAGCCCUCCAGCGCACCAGAACCCGCCUGAGCAAUGUGACGAGGGAGCUGGAGACCCACCGCUCGCAGCACUUAGCAGAGAUGGCAGAGGUUCGCAAGUCGCUGGAGCAGAUCAGAAUCUUUACGGAGCACAAAGACGUUCUGGCUCAGGAGAUCCAGGAUGAGAACGAUCGACUCAAGGAGCAGCUACGGCGCCUAAUAUCACUGCAGGAUGCCCAGAUAAGCGAGGUGGCCAAGAUGCUGUACCAGCAGGGGCUCACGGAGCUGAUCCACAGCAGCCCCAGUGAGCAGGUGGCCUACCUGCUGGUGGAGAGGGCUUCCCUGCUCGAGACCAGCGAGGCUCCCGAGAAGCCGACGGGUGACGGAGGCCCAGCCGGCCAGGUGGAGACGACAGCACCACCGCUGAACACCAGCGUACGCCAGUCUUCCCACAAGGGGGCGCCACGCCACGGGCAGAGCGCCUGGAAGAGACUCCUUGGACUCCACAAGGCUUCACAGAGCAAACACACUUUUAUUCCUGCGGAGGCCAGACAUCUGGCCGGCCAGGCAGGUCACUUGGAGAAGGAGUGUUCCCGUCUGGAGAGGGACCUGGAGGAAGGCUCCCGCCGGCUGGCCAUGGCCCACAACGAGAUCCGGCGUUUGACGGAUGAGCUGGAGUCUGCUCAUUUGACCCAAAGAACGUACGAGCCUGAGCUGGAGUCAGCGCAGCAGGAGGUGGAGCAGCUCAGACAAGAAGUAGAGAAGCUGAAGAAAUACGAAAUGGCAGAACUGAGAAAAGCCAAGGAGCUGAAUGAUCGUCUGGACCUUGAGAUCAGGGCCUUGAGGAACCGGGUUCGCUCCCUGGACACUGAGAAGAGCUCGCUGCAGCAUACGGUUUUGUCUCUGCAAGAGCAGCUGGAGUCAGCUGAGCAGCAGCAGCAGCAGCAGCAGACUGGGCAGGUUCAGGCCGUGGAGCUGACUCAGGUUGCAUCUCUGCGGAGGAAAGCCGAGCAGCUGGAGUCGGUCCUGCAGCAGCAGCAGCUAGUUCAGGCCAACCAGGCCAGUGAAUUAGCCAAAGCUCAAGCAGCAAAGCUGGAACAGAGCGAUCAGACCUGCAGACAUUUACAAGAGAAACUCGCUGCACAGACCAAAAAGCUUUUGGAAAAAGAGGAACUUGUCGAGUCUCUGCAGCAGCAGGUGCAGCGGCUGCAGGCGGCCCUGCAGCAGCAGCAGCAGCAGCUCGGCGCUGUGCAGCUUCAGGCCGACCGGGCCGACGAGCUCGCUAAAUCCAGUGCAAAUGAGCUGAUCCAGAGCAAUCGGACCUGCAGGGAUUUACAGAACAAACUCGGUGCUCAUGUGAGAUCUCUUCUGGAGAACGAGUCAGAAAUUCGUUCUCUUCGACAGCAGCUGGACGAUGCUGCAGCUAAAACCUCCACCAGAGAAAACAGCCUCCAGGAUCAACAGCUGUUGAAGCACAACAAGGCAGAUUCACGACCUCGUACAGACACUGGCUGUCAGCUGGAAGACGAUACAGGGCUGCAGACACAGCCAUGCAAAGAAGACACAGUAGAUAAGGAGCGUCCUGAUUAUGAAGAGGUGAUGAAGACUCUGUUCUCCACCCGAGAAGAGUGUGAGGCUCUUAAGAAGGAGAUCUGUGAAACGCUGCAGUGCCUCGACAAAGAACGAAGCAAACACCACGAGCUGAAGGAAAAACACAAAGCGAGACUGUGUCGAGCCAAGCAGAAGUUUGACGACGAAACCUCGUGGCGCGACGAGAAGAUAAAAAGUCUGGAGAGAGAACUGUCCUUCUGUUCCCACACGGUCACAAAGGAGAAAGAGCUGGUCAUGAGCAUAACUGUUGAAAACGAGAAGCUCCUUUCUGAGAGGAGGAGGCUUCUGCAGCAGCUGCAUGAGGAGGAGCACGACAAGAAGGACAGCAACCUGACGGCGUCUCUGUCCAAAUGCAGGGUGGACUUUUUAGAGAUGGAAAACAAGAAACUGGAGAACAAAAUAUUCCACAUGUCCACCCAGCUGGCCGUCCUGGAGCGCAGCCUGCAGAACGUUCAGUCGCUUCAGUUUGCUGAGGAGCUAAAGAAAAUCUCAAACCACCUCCCGCUCUUCACACCUCUGCACACGUCCAGCGUGACGUCGUCUGAGCGCUCCGAUAUCCAGGGCUCACUGGACGCCAAGCAGACAGACGCCACGCCUUCCCCUCACUGUCGCACCUCCGGGCCCUGGUGCCGCCCGGCAGAGAUGGGCUACCUGAACCUGACCUCCACACAGAGCCGCCCGGACCAGCCGGCUCCUCCGGCCGCCCUCAGCAGCUCUGAGAGUCCCCGUCCCUGAGUCUAUCCUGUGUGCAACCUGAACAUACUGUACAGAAAACACGCCAUUUGUAAGUUAAAUUAAUAAAUAACUGAACAGAA